CCGGCCGUCGAAGUCAUGAAGGAUCAGCCGCAACAGCCGAUGGCCCCAAUGGCGUUCUAUCCCACCUGGCAAGCAGACCCGUCUCAGGGCUGGCAAAAUCAGUUCAUCCAACAGAUUCCACAGAACACUCCCGCUAUCACACCACUGAACUCGCUCGAGUUCCAGCCACAGGGAUACGCUGCAUACCAACCGAACGGUUACGUCCAGACAGCCGGUAUCGGGUUCGAUCCGAACUAUGGCCGCACGUACGCUGCACCACCGGCGGUACAGCGCUACGACUUCCAGGCCAACCAGAUCGCCCCGAUCAAUCAGGUGUCACUGCAGAGCGUCAGCUUCGCACCCACCGUCACGUACGCCGGCCAGGUGUCGACCGGGCCCGCCACGAUCGUGUCCGGCCACGCCGGCAACAAUCCGCACGACCAGUUCAAUCUGCAGCUCGGUGGCAGCAAGCAACAGCAGCAGCAAUCGACGGCGACGGCUUCGGCAACGUCGGGAAACGACAUGCCUGGAUAUCCACGGGUGAACAGCGUACCGCCGCGCUCACUCAAUUGUAAUGGGUAUUCAGGCCAGCAAGAUUACGGCGGUCUGCAGACGUCGACGACGACAACCACCACCACGGCAGCGAGCGCGAACGGCAACAGCACGUCCUCCGCUAGCGCGUCAUCGUCCCCGUCUGCUGCAUCCACGGUUGCGGCCGCUACGAACGCCGGGAACGGCGGCAGUAGCAGCAACAGCACCACCACCACCAACAACAACGGCAGUGCGGGCUCCACGUCCUCCAUGCACCCACCGCAGGGUGUGCCACAGUCACCGAACCGGCAACCACCGCGCCCGAACUCGAACCAGCAGCUGUACGCCCAGCAGUCACCGAACCCAUACAACGGGGGCAGCUCGGGCGGGGGCAGUUUGCAGCAGUCGCCGAGCCACAACGGCAACAACACACCGGUCGGGUACGGUAGCGGCGGCGGACAGAGCGGUAUGCACACACCCUCGCCGAUGCAGCAGGGUACACCAACCGACAAUCAGCAUCAGCAAUCGCCCAGCCAUAUGCAGAGUGACUGGGGAUGGACCCAGCAGCAGCAGCAGCAGCAAUCGCAACAGCCCGGUGCGGAUCUGUUCAACCAGUCCGAUCGCGUGAACUUAAACUCGCGGCUCAAGACGAUGAUCAUGAGCAAGGGCGACCAGAAGGAUGCGCUUCUGUCGGCCGGCGGUCAAUCGCACAUGGGUGCCCACCUAGGGCUGCAGCAGCAGCAGCAACAGACCGGCUCGCAGCAAUCGACCGGUCAUUUUUUAUCGUAUAGCCACCAUCUCCGAGACAGCCUAACGCCGACACAUCUGGGUGGCCCCGGUCCGGGUACGCCCGGGCAGCAGUCGGCGUCGGGGGCCGCUAGCGGUGGCCCCGGCAUGAUGGCCGGUGGCACCGGCAGCGGCAGCAGUAACAGCAGUACAGCGAACGAAGGUACUACUAUCGGAGAUGGUGGCGGCAGCGGACUGAUCAACAGUAUCGGCAGCAUUGUUGAUCCGAGUUGGAAGCACCCGCAGGCGGGCGGUGCGGGAAGCAAUAGCAAUGGUAGCGGCGCAAACAACGGUAGUGGCAGUCACGGCAGUACGGCGUCGGUGGCGGGCGGCAUGAAAUCGCCCACGCUCACCGACCACCAUCACCAUCAUCAGCUACAGCAGCACGAUCAUCUGCUCGCCGGUGAUCUGCACCACGGUGCGAAGCAUUCGGUUUUUGAGCAGAAGCAGCAACUAAUCGACAAGAAUAAUACCGACCCCGGUGGCGGGGGCGGCGGUGGCGGCAUUGGGUCACCGACGGGGGGCGAGAUGAAGGGCAAGAUGGGAAAGUCCGGUGGAUCUUCCUCGUCGUCAUCGUCCGGUUCACCAUCGGCCGGCUCACCGUCGUCCAAGGCGAAAGGAAAGGGAGGCGACAAACACGGCAAAUCUAAGCACGGUGGACACGGCCAUCACGGCCAGCAGCAACACCCGGGACAGCAGCAUCAUCUCGAUCACCUCGGACAGGGGAUUGUGGACACGAAAUCUUCCAGCUAUUCGAGCAGCAGCUCCAACUUUAUGAUGCAUCACGAUCAGCAGCUGCUCCAGCAGCAGCAGAACUACUCGAACAUGAACCAAACAUAUCCCGGCAGCGGCGGUGGCUCAACAACGCCGAACGGAAGUCAGACUUCCGGCUCGCUGCUCGGUUACUCACCGGCCGGUGCAUCCACCAUGAUGGUGGACAGCAAGCUGAUAGACGACAAGAGUCCACUGAACCGCUUCCGACACGAUUCCCUGUCGAGCGGGUUCAAUCCGCAUCUGCAGACGGGUGGAGCCGGCACCACCGGUGCGUUCCACCAUCCGGGUGGAACGGCGGGUCAGACGAGUGCGUCCGGGUACAAUCUGAUGAGCGUCAAGAAGGAGCCCGGCCUGCUGGACGAUGGCCAGUCGACGUUGCCGAAGUUUGAUGGUGGAUACGAGAAGAACUAUCAGAACUUCAUCCGGUACGGCGACUACUGCGACAACACGCAGUCGGCCGCGUCGCAGGCAUCGGUACAGGCCGGCGGCACAUCGGUGAAGGGUGCGUCCGCGGACUACAACAGUUACUACUCGCCGUACGGAAGCUACUCGAGCUACUCCACCCAGAACUACCCGAACUAUCACAACCAGCAGACGGUCGGCGGUGGUUUCGGUAGCGGUUCGGCCAGUAACAGCAACAGCAACAGCAGUCUUCCACCAGCGCAAACACCCGAAGGGAAUGCGUUGCUCUCGCUGCCGGCCAUCUCGACCCCGGUCGCACACCAGACCAACUUCGAGCAGCAGAUCCCGGCGCACACGUACCCGAUACCGAAGAACAACAGUCUGCUGCCGGCAUCCGAUCCGGUCUCGAUCAAGCUGGAAGCGGACGAUUCCGCGUACGGCAGCAUGGGCAACAGCUCCGCGAAUCUGGGCUCGGACCCGGGCAGCGAUCCGGGCGUUGGCAAUCAGUCGUCCGGCGCGGGCGGUGCGUUGGCGGAGAUCGACGUUGCGCCCGGCAAUCAGUCCGGAGCGACGGCCGCGUCCGGUACGACGGCGGGUGGUGGAACAACAACGACCACCACCACAACCACCACCACCACCGGCACGAAAUCGAAAUCGAAAAAGGGCGAAAAGAAGGACAAGUCGAAAGAUAGUCACGGCGACGGGGCGGACGGUAAGGCGGAAGGUGCACCGACCGGUGGCGGCAAAAGCAAGAGCAAGAAGGAGUCGAAAAACGUCAAGAAGGAACCGGUCGAUCCGGCCCAGAAGGCGGACGACGAUAAGCUGGAGAAAUCGCACAAACCGGAAGCGCCCGAUUGUGAUUGCUUCAGCUCCGGCACGGAUAAGGCACCGUCCGAACCGGGCAGCUACUAUACGCAUCUUGGCUGCGCAGCUACGCUUGAAGAUCUGCGACGCGAGACGGAACUUCGCGUUGGGCUGACCGGCAAACAGCUCCGAAUCGAGAAGGUAGUCUACACCGGCAAGGAGGGCAAAUCGAGCCAGGGCUGCCCGAUUGCGAAGUGGGUCAUCCGGCGUGUCGACCCGGAGGAGAAGCUCCUGUUUGUGGUGAAGCGCCGGCAAGGGCAUCGGUGUAAGGCAUCCUUCAUUGUGAUCUGCAUUGUGGUGUGGGAUGGCAUACCGAACCACGAGGCGGACAGCGUCUACCGGAUGCUGGCGGUGAAGCUGAACAAAUUCGGUCUCCCGACCGUGCGUCGCUGCGCCACCAACGAAAAUCGUACAUGCGCCUGUCAAGGUACGAACGGGCUCGAUCCGGAACUGUGCGGCGUCUCGUACAGCUUCGGGUGCAGCUGGUCCAUGUACUACAACGGGUGCAAGUACGCCCGCUCGAAGACGGUGCGCAAGUUCCGGCUGUCGGUGAAGAACGAGGAGGCCGAGAUUGAGGAGCGCAUGAACGUGCUGGCGACGAUGUUGAGCCCGCUGUACGUGACGGUCGCGCCCCAGGCCUUCCAGAAUCAGGUGCAGUACGAGCGGGAGGCACCCGACUGUCGGUUGGGCCUGAAACCGGGCAAACCAUUCUCAGGUGUGACGUGUUGUUUGGACUUUUGUGCCCAUACGCACCGUGAUCUGCACAACAUGCAGGACGGCUGCACCGUGCAGGUGACCCUGCUGAAGCCACUACCACCGGGCGUGAAGCCGGACGACGAACAGCUGCACGUGCUGCCGCUCUACACGAUGGACACGACGGACGAGUUUGACAGCGAGGAGGGCCAGAAGAAGAAGCACGAAACCGGCGCCGUGCAGGUGCUGGAGAAAUUCCAAACGGAGGUACGCGUUCGCUCGACACCGCUGCAGCCCUGUCGGAGACACGGCAAGAAGCGCGGCAAUGGAAAGGAUGAAAAGCUCGGCAAGGACGGGUCGGAUGGUGCGGCACCGGAUACACCGCCGCCACCACCACCCCCGACGAAGAAGGAAAGCAAAUCGAAGAGCAAAAAGUCAUCGGCAGCCUCGACCGCAUCGAACAGCGGCGGUACGGCGGCUAACAGUGUCGCGUCGCCGGGUGCCGGCGGCAGUGGUUCCGCCGGCGCGGGUGGUUCGUCGGGGUCGGGAUCUCCGCGAGCCCAUACGCCCGGCAGUCAGAAGUCGACGGGCAGUGGGAAAGGUUCGAGCAAUGCCACGCUCGAUCCGGUCACGGGCGUACUGACGGAGAAGCACAGUUCGCCGCUGCACGGACAGGGUGGCGCGAUCGGGGGCGGUGUCGCGGGCGGAUUGGUAGCGGGUGGUAAUGGUGGUUCCGGCAGCAGUGCAUUCACCGCACCGAACACGAUCAACUCGCCGAACUCGGUGGCGAACAACAACACGAACAGUACGCUCAUCGAUAUGGCGUCGAUGAUUGACAACUUCACGGACGCACAGCUGCAGUCGAAUCAGAUCUCGAGCACGGUGCUGGAUUCGCCGUACAGCUACGACUACAACACCGGCCAGUACAUCGACAACCGGCAGUAUUACAACAAUUGGCCCACGGAUUACUACGGCAACCGGGGCGACCCGAGCAAGCUGGCGGGGUUGGGUCGGAACGAGGAGAUCCCGGACACGACCACGCGUCCCGGCAGCAACAGCAGCAACUCGGCCUUCAGUCCGAGCAUUCCGGAUCCCACGAAAACACCCACCCCGAUCCACAUGGAUGAUUACGGCAGUACGAAGCUGAACCAGGGCCAGGUGCAUCACCACCAUCACCAGCUGCAACAGCAGCAGCAGCAGCAACAGCAGCAGCAGCAACAGCACCAACAGCAGCACCAACAGCAGCAUCAGCAGCACCAGCAACAGGCACAGCAGCAGACGCAGAACACGUACCACACGCUGCAGCAACCCGAGCAGGGUUUCGUGAAGCCGAAGCCACCGGAUUACAAUCCGACCGCCGGGUACGGUUACCACCAUCCGAAUACCCCGAUGGGUUACGGCUACCACCAUCACCACCAUCCGCCGUACCAUCACACGCCGUACGAUCCGUACCAGAACUACAACUACGGCUAUCCGCCCCAAAGCUACCACCAUCAUCACCACACGACAUAUCACAACAUGUAUCCGGCAGCGGCGGCCGCAGCAGCCGCCGCCCAAACGCAACUCCCCGGCACGGGUCCGGCCCCACCACCGCCACCCACCGCGGUCAUACCCGCACCGCCACCGCCCUCCAACUGGAACCUGUACCCACCGCACCUCGGUACCGGGCCAACCACCGCCCAACUGCACGUCGCGGCCGCAGCGGCCGGCGCCCUCGGCAAGCAGUCCGAGCUGGGUGCGGUGGGCGGUGGAGCGGGCGGGCUAAUGGCCCAAUCGGUGGUUGCGCCGCAGGCGCCGGCCCCGCCACCGCCGGCCCCGCUACCACCCAAAGAAACGCUCGGCGAGGUGACGGAAACGAACGAGAACCUGGACUGCUUCGAGGAUCCGCAGAUGGGCGGUGUGGCGAUAGCGUUACCGCACGGUAGCGUCAUCAUCGAGUGCGCCAAGCUCGAGAUGCAUUCGACGACGGCGGUGAAGAAACCGAACCGGCUGAACCCGACGCGCAUGACGCUGAUCUUCUACCAGCAUCGGAACCUGAACCGGCCGAAGCACGGUAUCGCCGAAUGGGCGGAAAAGAUGCGGCUCAAGAAGCUCGGCAUACCGACGAACGAUCCGCUGGACGACAAGGAUAUGCUGCUGGAGGACGACAUCAAGGCGGAACCGCUCGACGAGCUGCACCAUAUGCGUCAUAUGGGUGAUGAACAUGACAUGAUGGACGUAGAGUAUCCGGGUGUCUAGUGGUGAGAGAAGGAUCUGCCAUCGAGGCCAACGACACUGGAUGAGCAGAUCGGAUCACAAGACGUCACAC